AUGCAGCGAACACCUCAAGGGCCGACGAUAUGGCAGAAACGUAAGAUGGGUGCAGCGAUGGGCUGUGGUGUGGGACUCACUAUUGGAUUCCUAUUUGGCGGCUUCAGCAUCUUGAGGGGCGGCGCAGGUCCUCGCGGAGUCCUCCCCACUCUCUCGCAGUACAUGCUGACUAGCGCAGCUACUUUCGGUUUCUUCCUUGCUAUCGGUUCAGUGAUCCGCAAUGACAGCCAUCUCCCUCCGCACCUCGAAGCCGCACGUUUGCAGAUGGCGUCACCUUUGCUGCGUACCAGAGCAGAUGGCCUCGCCCUCAUGAGAAGUCGAUGGGACGCUGAGAGACGUCGCGAUCAGCAGUAA